AUGUCAUUUACUCUUGUUGCAAUAACAUCUGUGCCAGAGAAUACAGAUACGCCUGCAAGCCUUGUACAAUAUCUGUACGACCAGGAGGACAAUUUCUUGCCUCUAAAGACCGAUGAGCUUUUAGUGCUUCACGAUUCAAAACAUGCGCCAUCUUUUGGGUUUUCAUACACACUGUUUCCCAAGAUACGCUCGACUUUUGGGCUGUCACCGCAUUAUGGAUAUCUCGAGGGUGAUCAUGAAACUCUGGCAGACGCCGAUCAUAUCGCCCUUCUAGGGCUGAGAUCGGGGUGGAAAUUCAAUAUUCAGCACGACAGCACCUUUGUUGGAUGUUCGGAAGAGAUGCGUGGAAACAUCGAUGAACCCUGGCUUCAUGAUUUACCCAGCUUAAUCUUGCCUGAGGACUUAGAAGUCGUGUUUGGGGAGCCAGCCAGGUGCGAGAGUAUAUCCAUCAGACUUUUCGGAUUGUCCAGUCAAAAUCAAGCACACCUUCAACCCUGGCUUGCGAGAGGUGAAAUGACGCAUGAGGGGGAAUGCCUUAUCAGAGUUCAAGAAAAUAGGCUAGUCAUGGUGGGCAUUGUGGAGUAUGAUCAGAUAGUCCCGGGAAAACUUGGCACAUAUAGUCUAGCGCAACGGGCAAGACCUGGACGUCUUUUGAGCUUCCAUUCAGCUUUCUACAAGGUCUUGCGUUCAGUUUACACUCGUGAUUGGGCAUCUUUGUCGUGA